CUGCGGCUGUCCUCAUCCUCCCUGGACCCGGACCCCCCCAUCUCAGGAGCAGAAUCGGCUCGAACCCGUUCUGGUCGGAGCUCCGGAUCCGGACGGCCCGGCCCGUCAUGGCGCAGAGCCGGAACCCUGCUCCUCCGUUCGGAUAGAAACUAGAAACUUGCCCCGCGGUUUGAGAACCAGGGAGCCCGACGAUUACAUAUCCGUGUAGGAGGGACCCCCCCGCCUUGUUUGUGUGUUUGUUUGUUUGUUAGCAGCCAUGGUGGACGCUGCGGAGUGCGGGGUGAAGGUGAUGUGUCGCUUCAGGCCCCUGAACGAGGCUGAGAUCAUCCGAGGAGACAAAUAUGUCCCCAAAUUCAAGGAGGACUCGGUGGUGGUCUCGAGCAAACCGUACGUGUUCGACAGCGUCCUGCCCCCGAACACGACGCAGGAGCAGGUGUACGAGCAGUGCGCCAAGCAGAUCGUCAAAGAUGUGCUGGGCGGUUACAACGGGACGAUUUUUGCGUAUGGACAGACAGCGUCUGGGAAGACGCACACCAUGGAGGGCAAACUUCACGACCCGCAGCUGAUGGGGAUCAUCCCUCGCAUCGCCCGGGACAUCUUCGACCACAUCUACUCCAUGGACGAGAACCUGGAGUUCCACAUCAAGGUCUCUUAUUUUGAAAUCUACUUGGAUAAGAUCAGAGACCUGCUGGACGUGUCUAAGACCAACCUGGCUGUGCACGAGGACAAGAACAGAGUGCCCUACGUGAAGGGUUGCACUGAGCGCUUCGUGUCCAGUCCUGAGGAGAUGAUGGACGUCAUCGAUGAGGGGAAGACCAACAGGCACGUGGCGGUCACCAACAUGAAUGAGCACAGCUCCCGCAGCCACAGCAUCUUCCUUAUCAACAUCAAGCAGGAAAACGUUGAAACGGAGAAGAAGCUGUCGGGGAAGCUCUACCUGGUCGACUUGGCCGGCAGCGAGAAAGUCAGCAAGACCGGAGCUGAGGGAGCCGUGUUGGACGAGGCCAAGAACAUCAACAAAUCUCUGUCGGCGCUGGGGAACGUCAUCUCAGCUCUGGCCGAGGGAACGAAAGCCCACGUGCCGUACAGAGACAGCAAGAUGACCCGGAUCCUGCAGGACUCUCUGGGAGGAAACUGUCGCACCACCAUCAUCAUCUGCUGCUCACCGUCUGUCUACAACGAGGCCGAGACCAAGUCCACGCUGAUGUUUGGACAAAGAGCCAAGACCAUCAAGAACACGGUGUCUGUGAACCUGGAGCUGACGGCUGAGGAGUGGAAGAAGAAAUAUGAGAAGAAGAAAGAGAAGAACAAGAGCCUGAAAACCAUCAUCCAGAAGCUGGAGGCUGAGCUGAACCGCUGGAGGAACGGGGAAAAUGUUCCUGAGGAGGAACAGCUGAGCUCCAAAGAUCAGACGAGCGUCGAGCAGAACGACAACACUCCCGUCAUCGACAACCUGCUCCCGUCUGCAGGAGGUGUGUCCAACGAGGAGAGGAGAAAAUACGAGGAGGACACCAGUAACUUGUACAAACAGCUGGACGAUAAGGAUGAUGAAAUCAACCAGCAGAGUCAGCUCGCCGAGAAGCUCAAGGAGCAGAUGAUGGACCAGGAGGAGCUGCUAGCGUCCACGCGGCGGGACCACGAGAAGAUCCAGGAGGAGCUGUGCCGGCUGCAGAUGGAGAAUGAGCUGGCCAAGGAGGAGGUGAAGGAGGUGCUGCAGGCGCUGGAGGAGCUGGCUGUCAACUACGACCAGAAGAGCCAGGAGGUGGAGGAGCGGGAGCAGGUCAACCAGCAGCUGACUGAGGAGCUGCAGCACAAAACGGCGCUGCUGUCGGUGGUGCAGCAGGAGCUGACCCAGCUGCAGGAGCUGAACGGUCUGCAGAGGAAACGAGCCACCGAGGUCCUCAACCUGCUGCUGCGAGACCUCAACGACGUCGGCGCCAUCAUCACCAGCAGCGACAUCAAGACGACUGUGACCUUAGAGAUGAAGGGGAACGGCUCGGCCGUGGAGGAGGAGUUCACCGUCGCUCGGCUCUACAUCAGCAGGAUGAAGUCAGAAGUCAAGUCUCUUGUGAAUCGCAGCAAGCAGCUGGAGAGCGCUCAGGCCGACGCCCACAGAAAGAUCCAGGCCAAUGAGAAGGAGCUGGCUUCCUGUCAGCUGCUCGUCUCCCAGCACCAGGUGAAGAUCAAGUCUCUGACCGACUACAUGCAGAACAUGGAGCAGAAGAAGAGGCAGCUGGAGGAGAGUCAGGACGCUUUGAGCGAAGAGCUCGCCAAGCUGCAGGCUCAUGAUAAAAGGCACGAGGUGUCAGAGGAGAACGUCAACAGGCCAGAUGGAGACGAGGACGUGAAGCUGCAGAAAACGCUGGAGGAGCAGCUGGAGAGCCACAGGGAGGCGCAGCAGAAGCAGCUUAGCCGCCUGCGGGAGGAGAUCGAAGACAAGCAGAGGAUGCUGGAUGAGCUCACAGAUCUGAACCAGGGUCUGAUUCUGGAGCAGCAGAGACUCGCGUCUGACCAUGAAAAGCUGAAGGCCGAGGAGCAGCAGAAGGACGCAAAGCUUCAGAAACUCAUAUUGCUGAAUGAACAAAGAGACCAGGCCAGAGAGGACCUGAAGGGUCUGGAGGAGACUGUGGUGGGUCUUAAAGGUUCUCUGCAGGACUUCUAA